AUGACUCCUUCUUGCUCUCCUUCCAAUAUGUCGUUAUCUGACGAUGAUCCAUUGGGACCCCCCAAGAACACCCAAAAUCUUGACUUAUCCAAGCUAUCGCCCCAGGAAUUGAGAAUUUACAAAAUGUAUGGAAAACUUCCCACCACUCAGCAGAUCUUGUCGUCCAAGUUUCAAGACAAAAAGUACUUCGAUAGUGGCGACUACGCCAUGCAGAAACAAUUGGGCAGUUCGAACCGUGCAGCAGGAGGAAACAUACCCAUGAAGCACCCCAAUGCAGAGAAGGUGAAGGAAAUAUAUAAUCGAAACUCCAUCAGUGGCAGCAAUGCUGGUAUAUUGUACAACGGAAAACUGAAUUUGUUGAACGAGUCGACCCCGGAGACGAUUGAAGAGGAGAAGAAGUAG